GGCACCUUGCUCAAGAGUACUACAGCCACAGGUAAGGCUUGAAGCUGCAACCUUCGGAUCCAAAGGGCUGUUGAGCCGCAGCGCCCUCUAGUGGAGGGGGGACCGCAUCACGUGCGCACGCUCCCUCCACAUGACACGCAAGUUUCACGCAAGUUUCACACAAGUUUCACACAAGGGAGGUGUGGCUGCUCCCAGGACGACCCUGCUGCCUGUCAUCCCGCUGCUCACAGACACGUUCUUUGUGUGGUGGAAGUGGCUCAUUCCUGCUUUCCUCCUGUCGCAUUGUCUCGCGUGGCGUGUUUGCGCUCGGCAGAGCACACGUCUUAUGUGGACAAACCCCCCCCCCCCCCCGGGCCGUGUUUCGCCUCUCCGUUUGGCUGCCGUCUCGGUCACGGGUUUAGGCUGCUGACUCGCAGAUGUUUGUCUCUGCUGUGACGCCUCGGGGUUCGCAUGCUGCCUGAGUGUUUUCUUCUGAGCGGUUUACCGAACCAGGAUGGACACGGGAGCGGAAGCGGUGUGUCGGAAACGGGGACGUGGCGAUCUCCGUGUCGCUCGAGUUCCCGAGUUAAGCAGGAGAGAGACGGGGCCGCGCGGCGCAGCGCGGCACACGGCAGCCAACGCCGCUCUUGCGUUCCCCUCCCGCAGCAGAGCCGAGGCGGCCGCCAUCGAGACGGAGCUCCUGGACGAGUACCGCUUCGGACCGCAGCAGCUCAUCGAGAUGCGGGGCUACGCGUGCGCCGUCGCCAUCACCAAGGCCUUUCCGCUGAGCUCGCUGAGCAGGAAGCAGCCGACGGUGCUGGCGGUGUGCGGGCCGGAGCAGAACGGUGCGGUCGGGCUGGUGUGCGCUCGCCACCUGCGCAUCUUCGACUAUGAGCCCACCAUCUUCUACCCCAAGCGCUCCCACUGCACUCUGCAUCAGGACUUCACAGUGCAGUGUGAGAAGAUGGACAUCCCAUUCCUGUCUUAUCUGCCCACCGAGGUGCAGCUCAUCAACGAUGCCUACAACAUGGUCAUUGAUGCCAUCUUGGGCCCUGAGACAGACAUAAAGAGCGUGAAGGAGCCCUACACUGGCAUCCUGACAACCCUCAAGCAGGUCAAGAUACCCACAGCCAGCGUGGACAUGCCUUCAGGAUGGGAUGUGGAGGAGGCCAGGGCCGACGGCCUGCAGCCAGAUGUGCUCAUCUCGCUGUUGGCGCCCAAGAAGUGCGCCGCCACCUUCUCCGGCAGACACUUCCUGGCUGGCCGCUUCCUGCCCUACGACAUUCAGAGAAAGUACGAGCUCAACCUUCCUCCGUUCCCCAGCACCGAGUGCCUGGUACAGCUAUAGCCUUGCUGUCCGAGCACUUUCUACUACUUCGUCAAAACUGUUCCGCUGCUCUUGAGCAUGGAGCCAUUAGAAGGUGUGAUACACCAGCCUACACGAGAUUACAGGCAGUCCCCGAAUUACGAGUGAAUUCUGUGUCCUCAGUCUGUUAAGUAGGAGCAGUUCGGUACGGUGGGUAUCAAACGCCAAUUUGUCAAAUGUUUGUCUUAGUUUAUCAUAUAUCGUGUACCUUGCUAUGCAUAAAAAAUUAACAUUUUGAAUACACUGCCAUCUUUCAUGUAACAAUAAUGUAACUAAUAAAUGUUACUACUGUCAUGAUGAACAGAGGACAUGGAGGAGGCUGGAUUGUUUAUUCAGAAUCAAAGGGCCAGACACGUUCUCCUGGUCAGGCGGUCGGUCGGUCAGCAAGUAUCCAAAAUAGUGGUUGAGGGACAAGGCAGGCGUCCAUUAUCAGAGAUGUGGAACGGGACUGGGGAAUGAUACGGGACAGGACUCGGAAAGGCAAAACAAGGUAGGUUUGAGAAUAGAGAGAGGACGGUUGUGCCGAGCGAGAUUCCGCAAUUGGGAAGAAGCCUUUUAGAGCCGAGUGCCCCGAGAAAGGAAAUGCAUGCACCAAACAGUUUGCUUUUCCCAUGUUCCUUGACGUUUCACUUUUUUCCAAUCACUUUAUUUCCAGUUUAGUUUCAAUCAUGAGAGUUUCCCCUUUCUUUGAUGCAUCACAUUUACACUUUGGUGCCAUAGUAACAUGAGACACAGUUAACAGGAAAACUAAGUUUGUCCAACCUCAGGCUCCCAUGCCCCAGCCACAAAACAAGUGUAGACCGUUUUGAUGCAGAACGCAGAGUAGCUCCCCUUUGUUAUUGUAAUUUGAAUUAAUGGUUUUUACUUCAUGCUGACAAAAUUUUAACUGCCAGUCAGUAAGAGGGCUAUAUGGAAGAAAUCAUUCAUAACUCAGGACUGCCUGCAUUUUGCUUUGUGUUGUCGGACUCAAGAUACAGCAGCAGCAAGAUUUCUUUUUUAAAAGGGGGGGGGGGGUGUCGGUGUCUAGUUAAAGGGCUCUUAAUUUGUGCCAUGUUACUAUUGGGGUGUUAGUCCAACAGCCACAGUGCGGUAGGGGAAGCAUGUUGGCUCUUUAUUGAGCAAACACUCACCUUUUGGGCCAUAUUUAGUCAACUGACAAAACACCAUACAAGAAAUGGUUGAUCUAUAUGUAAAGUUAUGUGUCAGGAGUAUUCAGUAUAUCCAGCGAGACAUUUUGAGCAUUGGGGGCAAAGCUAAAUGCAGGCAGUCCCACGUAACACCCCAAUAGCAACAUGGCACAAAUUAAGAGCCCUU